AUGUCUGAACAAAGUGAAAAUCCUUCUCGUGAAGGAAAGCCUUCAAUAUCAUCUUCGGAUUUUCUUCAUGAAUAUCUACAAAAAACAAAUCUAUCAACAACAGCAAGUCUCAAUAAGUUUAUAAAAGAUCAUGACAUAUCUCGUGAUGAGAAUGAAACAGAUGAAGCAUUUACGAAACGUGUUAAAAAAAUUAAUUAUCUAAAUCUAGCUCAACAAUUAAUUCGUAAUAGUAGCCAAAAUGGAACUUCCCGUCAGAUGACUAAACCUGAAUUAAAAUCGCCAAAACAUGAAACAUCACCAAAACUUUCGGCACCACUCAAACGAAUGAAACCUGUUUUUUCGCCAGCAGAAGAUCCCGAUUUUGAUGAUGAAUUUGAAUUAGAUGAUAAUAAUGCUCGAGAUAUUUAUGAUGAAUCAACAUCAUCAUCUUCAUCAAGCGACGAUGAAGACAUUCAACUUCGUCAACAUCGUUUAAUGCCAUUUAAAAAUAAUCAUACAUUUGCCAAUGAUAUCAAACAAAAAUUAUCAAGUCUUGCUGCUGAUGUUGUACGUACAUUUGGUUCUUCGAAUAUGACUGGCGAUGAUGAUUUAACUAAACCUCUAUCAACAAGCGCAUCGUUUUCAUCUCGAUUAUUUCCUAAUCGUUUAAAAGAUGCAAAUAGUCAAAAUAUUUCAUUAAAUAAUGAGAAUUAUUCAAUGCAAGAAUCGUCUUCUCCAACGAAUGAUGGUCAUGAAAAUGUACCAGAUAAUGGAGAUGCAGAUCUAUUAUAUACAAAUGAAAGUCUAUUACCACAAGUGGAUUGGGAAAAUCUUGAAAGACAACUUAAACAAGCUCAAAUUGAAAGAGAACGAUACGAUACGGCUCGACUAAAUGAUCGUGAUGAAAUUCGACGAAAACUAGCUGCCGGAAAUGAAUCUGAAGGUGAAAAUGAAGAUUAUUAUACAUCCGAUUAUAUUAAAAAGACCAUGGCUAUAACGACACACCGACGUCGUCAAGGUUCAAAUCUUCAAAUUUGUUUCGUUAAUGAACAUCAUCAAGCAACGGAAUCGUCUGAUAAUGAUCCAACUUCAACUCGAUUAAAGAAUUCGAAAUCUGACGAUAUGAAUGCUUCAAUGGUAACAACAAAUAAUGGUGAAGAUAUUCUUGCUAAACAACAAAGAUUAAAAGAAGAAGCGAAAGUUGCUCUUGUACUUGGCGCAAAAAUGGCACGAAUGCAAGUACAAAUUGAACGACGAGCUUUAAAGAAGAAAAAAUCACCACUCUACGAUAUUAUCGGUAUUAAUACAAAUGGGGACAAACCAUUAACUCUUCGAAUGCUAGAAGAUAUGAAUAUAGGUCAAUUACAAGUCAUUGUUAAUGAUUUACAUUGUCAAAUAGAAGGCCAUAAUGAAGAAUUAGUUAAUCUUUUAAUGGAACGAGAUACGUUAAGCAUGGAGCAAGAUUCUAUUCUUGUUGAUAUUGAAGAUUUAACAAAACGUUUACAAGAACGUGCUUCUGACUUGUCACCGGAAUCGAAACGAACAUCAACAAAUGGGGCAGCACAACAUGUUUAUAUUGUAAAAUCACCGCCAACAACACCACAGCAACGAGAUGUACAGAAAAAAUCUAUUCUUCAUAAUCUUCUACGUAAAGCUACUUUUACAUGA